CCUACUCAGGCGCUUAGAAGAGGAAGUCAAGGUUAAUCAAUUUCUUGCCACUGAGAAACAACCAAAAGAAAUAGCCGAAACCAAAAUAUACCUAGAAGAUCUGACAAGAGUUGCGAGUCAUCCUGCUCUCACAUCCACAUAUCUCAAUCAACUCAAUCAAAAAUUUUGUGAGACACAAGAAGAAAUCAGCCAACUGAUUGGAAAGCAUAUGAUUGAAAAUGAUCCAUUUGAUGACAAAGCAAUGAUCUUUCGUCAACAAGCCAAAAUUGUAGCUGAUCGGAAGGCUUUGACAGCUUCAACUCUAGCAGAGACAAGAGCGAAACACCUGGCUGUCUCCAAACAGCUUAAAAACACAAAAGAGAAGCCAACAAAUGAUUGUGAAGAAAUGAACCAUUCACAAAAUGAAAGUGUCGUUACCAUGAACAUAUCUCAAAUUUCAACUGCUGGAGAUGAAUCUCAAAAGGCGAAGAAUUCGGAAGCACAUAGUGCAGUCCUUUUGGAGGAAGUGUCUGCGUUAGUGCAAAGGCUCCAUCAUAAAAUUGACCUCAGUCGAGAUAAACUAUCCCCACUCAUCAAAGAACUCCACUCCCUUCAAGAGAAAGUUCAGGAGCUGAAUAGAUUUCAUGCUGAAAAGCAGGCUCAGUGCGACUCAAUUUCUACAGAUCAAGACGUUCAAACUUUGUGUUUGGAGCAAGAAGCACGUGAUCUGAGGGAAGAAGUUCAAAGAGAGGAAACAAAUUAUCAGAAUCUGAACGCUGCCCUUGACAAUCUUAAAGUUCAAGAAACUCGCUUACACGAGGAAUUGCGUGGCUACAUCACAUCAACAAAUCAUAGCGAUUCAACGAAUGAAGACAGCGUUAAAAGUAUUACAAUUAAACGCCACAGUCAUAGGUAUGUUUAA